AUGUCCCUCAUCCCAUGGCUCCGGUGGAACGAGGCCCCGCCACGGCUGUCGUCUCGGAGCCCGGCUGAGAUGGUGCUGGAGACGCUCAUGGUGGAGCUGGAGGGGCAGAUGCGAGAGGCUGAGAGGCAGCAGUGUGAGCGCAGCAACGCCGUCCGGAAGGUCUGCACCGGAGUAGACUACAGCUGGCUGGCCAGCGCGCCCCGGCCCACCUACGACCUCAGCCCCGGGGAGAGGCUGCAACUAGAGGACGUCUGCGCCAAGAUCCACCCAUCCUACUGUGGGCCCGCCAUCCUCAGGUUCCGGCAGCUGAUGGCAGAGCAGGAGCCCGAGGUGCAGGAGGUGUCCCGGCUCUUCCGCUCGGUGCUGCAGGAAGUCCUGGAGAGGAUGAAGCAGGAGGAGGAGGCGCACAAGCUGACCCGGCAGUGGAGCCUGCGGCCUCGCGGCAGCCUGGCCACCUUCAGGAGCCGCGCGCGCAUCACCCCCUUCGCCAGCGACAUCCGCACCAUCUCCCAGGACGUGGAGCGGGACGCGCCGCCGCCGCCCCGGACCUGGAGCAUGCCCGAGUUCCGGGCACAAAAAGAGGACUGA